AUGGAUGAGUUCUUGUCCUUCGUCGAUGGGCUCAACCUGGCUAUCGUCGACAGCCCACCAUUGAGGGUCAUCGACCUGGUAGGCAAUAUUCUCGGCUUCAUACCUCUUGACUGGGCCGUCAUCGCUAGCAUCGUCCUUCCCCUCGGUGCCCAGCUCGGUAUGUUCGCCCUCUCCAAGUCCCUCACAGACCGCUACCUCGGCGCCGCCAAUGACCGCAUCUUCCGCCCACGUGAACUCGUGGCGCGGAUUUGCACCACUGCGGCGACGCAGAAGUUGCUCGGUCUAUCCAACGUACCGGAGGAAGAGGGGGGCUGGAAGGGCGCGCUGAACUCCGUGGGCCGCGAAGUCGGCAAAUUGGUCCUGAAGCCCAGUAUGCCGGACGACCCUAAUGCUGGGGCGACAGAAGAGGACAAGACCAAGCGCCGUAUCACGCGCCGGCUGGAGGCACUGGAGGGCGCGGCGUUGCCCGUCUCCCUAGAUGUGCCGCCGCCGGCCAAGGUCGAGGGCUUCGCGAACAAGAUGCAAGCGCAUGGCGUCAAAUUCGACGAGGGCGUCGCAAAGGACAAGGAGAAGCGACGGGCGGCGCGACUAAAGACGCUAGCAGAAGUCGAGGCGAAGCUGGCUGAAUUGGAGGCGAAAGACCAAAGCAAGGCCGGCUUUGUCGAUCACUUGGCAGCGAAGAGGGCAAAGGACCAGCGAGAACUGCUGCAGCGGAGAAUAGCGAACGCGCAAUUGAGGGAAAAGUGGGAGACGGACGAGGUGCUGUGGCUGGUCAUCGUGGAUGCUGCCAAAGACAAAAAGAUAUUCGGAAUCGACGAGGCGGAGAACGAGGCGGACGUCGCGGUCAUAUCGGAGGAGGCUUUCAGGCGCGAAAUCGAGCUAGAGGAAAAGAGGCUCGGGCUGAACGCAUCGAUGCAUGAGGCGCAAGUCGCUCAGGUGCAUAAUUGA